AACGGUGUUGUGAAAUGAAAGCAAAGAGGCCGUGCCAGAAUAAGGGCGGACUUCUGUUUAAGGAACAACACCGACGGAUUCUCUCUCUGCAUAUUCCUCGAAUCUUUACUGCAGUGAAGCUGGAGGAGAUUUCUAGAUCCUGUUGGAUUUCUGAUUUUGGAUCUCAGAUAAGAGUGAUAUAGAUAGAUAAUCGAAUUCUUCCGGAGGUGGAGGUUCGGAUCUGGCCGAGUAGAUUACACGUUUUGGGUUAGAGAGUCUUAUUGGGGAAUGCUUUGUUGAGCUGAUCGUUCACGUUGAUUAAGUUUUCAGGUUCAGCUCACUCUAGAAUUAUCAGUUGGAGAAGGCUGAUGAAGAACGGGAUGGUAGAGUGCAGUGUUUGUCAUUCGAGAUUGGUUUCUCCGACUAGCAGAACCGUAUCAAGGGCUUACGACAACCACAAGAUUAGGGUGUCUUCAAAACACCGCGCUCUUAAUGUCUUUCUGGUAGUUGGUGACUGCAUCCUAGUUGGUUUACAGCCUGUCUUAGUUUACAUGUCUAAGGUGGAUGGAAAAUUCAACUUCAGUCCUGUUAGUGUCAACUUCUUGACGGAAAUGGCCAAGGUUCUUUUUGCUGUUGUCAUGCUUUUGUUCCAGGCUAGGCACCAAAAAGUUGGAGAGAAGCCAAUCCUAUCUCUUUCAACAUUUGUCCAGGCUGCUAGAAACAAUGUUCUUCUUGCUGUUCCAGCUUUUCUGUAUGCUAUUAACAACUAUCUGAAGUUCAUCAUGCAGCUCUAUUUCAACCCUGCUACUGUGAAGAUGCUCAGCAAUCUAAAGGUUCUGGUUAUUGCAGUUCUGUUGAAGAUGAUAAUGAAAAGGCGCUUUUCCAUCAUACAGUGGGAAGCACUCGCUCUAUUGCUGAUAGGGAUUAGCGUAAAUCAGCUGCGUUCUCUGCCUGAAGGUUCUGCUGCUUUAGGUCUUCCUGUCACUACGGGUGCAUACAUAUAUACCCUGAUCUUCGUAACUAUUCCAUCUUUGGCAUCUGUCUACAAUGAGUACGCUCUGAAGAGCCAGUACGAGACAAGCAUUUAUCUUCAGAACUUAUUUCUCUAUGGUUAUGGAGCAAUAUUCAACUUUCUUGCGAUACUAGGAAUAGCUAUCUUUAAAGGUCCUAGCAGUUUUGACAUCUUGCAAGGACAUUCUAAGGCUACCAUGCUUCUCAUAUUUAACAAUGCAGCACAGGGAAUUUUGUCUUCCUUUUUCUUCAAAUAUGCUGAUACAAUCUUGAAGAAGUAUUCAUCCACCGUUGCCACAAUAUUUACUGGAAUAGCAUCUGCAGCUCUCUUCGGACACAUUCUAACCAUGAACUUCCUUCUGGGGAUUUCUAUUGUUUUCAUUUCAAUGCACCAGUUCUUUUCGCCUCUAUCAAAAGUCAGAGAUGAGCAGCAGAACGGGAAACUCGAAUUGGUCAAUGCCCCGGAUGAUCAUCAUAGGGCAAAGGACUCAUUCCUUAACAUGGCAGCGGGAGCAAACGAAGAGGUGAAGAACACACAUCCAUCCCCUUAGCCUACUUUUUCUACUCUGACGCCUUUACUGAAA